AUGGCGGCAUCUUGUCCACGGGCGACGCAUGUCGCUGCUCGGGCAGCGGGUUGUGUGCGUUGGCGGCGCAUUUUGCCUGUUCUUUCUGAAUUGUCCUCUUCGACUUCUUGUGUGCUGCUGGUUGCCAAUCCAGGACAGCUUCGACGAUACUCCUCCGGGGAUCCCGGCUCCUCAGCAGAGGGCGCACGGAGCACAACGUGGCGACGGAAAGCCGGGCAGCUGCAGAGAUCCUUGGAUGCUGACCCGGAGAACCCUCGUCGUCUGGCGGAGCUCUUGCGAGCUGUCAACCAUUACGAUCCCCAGCAGGUGAUCAGGAUAUUUGAGCAGCGCGACUCUCGUGUUGCCUUCGAAAAUGCGGAGGCUGUUCGAGAGUACAUCCGCGCUCUGGUCCUGGCCAACCGCUUGGACUAUGUCGACCUAGACGUCCUCCUUGGCCGACAGUGGCGUGAGGCCAAGGUUUGGGGCCCGGGGACGGGAACCUUGAAGCCACAAGGCUACUUCCAGAAGUAUGGGAAACUGAUUGCUCAAAACGGUUGCGCAAUCAGUACAGGCGAGAAGCCACUGGAUUACGGUUUGAUAGUGCGUUGCCUUUGUGCUGAACUGCGCCGCAAAGACGAGCGCUCGCGGUCCCCGCUGCGCCGGGCCGCGUUGAGCCCGGAGGAGCAAGAGGCCUUCCUUGCGCAGUUCGCGCAGCACUACUGGCUCCCACUAGAUAGUGGCCUUGCGCCCUGGCAGGGUGCCCGGGCCGAGAAGGUGCAGCGCUUUCGUGCCCAGCUCUUGGCGGAGGCCGAAAAUUGGGUUGAGGAUGUUGUGGCCGAUGCAGCGGAUUCUGAUCCAGGUUCAGUGCUUGUUUCUAGAGAUGGGAAGGACUGGCUAGGUGGUGAGGGACACAAGGCGGUGGUCAAGAGCUUGAACGCAUGCAUUCCGGCAAACAGCCGACAUGGUGCAUCUGGAGCUAAACAUUUCUUAUCUUUGUGGACCCCUAUGCCUGUGCCAGCUGACUUCGGGCCCCUUCUGGACUGCGCAGCGCUGCGGCGCAGUAAGGAGUCGGUGCUGCGCUGGCAACGCUUCAUUUUCCUGGAUGACCUUGCUCGCAUGAGCGAUGUCCUCUUUCGUGGCCCAAUUGAGCCCGGACAUGGUGAUGAGAUGGACUCGCGGCUCUACGAUGCCUGGCGCCGCCUCCGGGCCAUGAUUCCAGACAUUGGGGAGUUUCAGGCGCUCACCGCAGAAUUCCGAGUCUCCGCCGUUAGGGUGGCCAUGAUGCUGGAGACCGGGAGGCCUUUAGAAGCAGCAGCCUUCGAUGUCGACUUUCGGCUUCCAGAUGCCAGGACCUUGUCUUGCUUGCUGUCUUUGCGUUGCGAGAAGGAUGAUGCGGAGGAGCUCAUGGAGCUUUAUCGCCUACUCUGCCAGAAGCUUCAGGCUGGUACUUACAGCCACAAUGAGCAUGGCCCGGGCUUGAGAGUCGCGGACGCCAUGGCGCCAAAGGCAAAGAAGGCAGCUGCUAAGAAGCGUGGGGUGGAGCCACCAGAGGUUAAAUGGCUGCUGAAGCAGUUGGAGGCACUUGAAAAGCAGGCUGAAGGAGCUGAAGCGUGGCUUCAAGACGCCCACAGAUGGCACAAGGAACAACUGCUGGAGUUGGAAGAGCGCCUCCGGUCUGGUGCUGUACUGAGCCUACCAGAAGACUUCCGUGACGGCGUGGAAUUCUACAUAUCCCAACUGGCGGACGACCCAAGCAUCAGUCAGGAGGCCUUUUACGAUGAUCGGGAGCUUUACUCUGCGCUGCUGACGCAGACACCGGCGACAGCUGAACAGGCGCAGCCCUACGAGAGGGCCGUGGACUCCGAAGAGGCCUUGCUUGCCCUCGAGAAGGUCAAAGCAUGGUCAGAGACCAGUCCACAUGGCAUCACUAACUUUGCGAAGCUGCUGAAGGCGCAUGCAGCUUCGGCCAGUGUGCAGGAGGCUGGGCUAACACGGCUCGGUGGCCUCCUGGCCGGUGGUGGCGGUGCAGGCUUGGUGCCGGGGACGAUUCUACCAAUCAUAUUCACAACCAUGGAGCGAUUCGAGCAGGAUGCGCAGGUCCAGCGACAGGGCUGCAGCGCCCUGCGUGCACUGGCGCUGCAAAGCCCAGGACCGGUGCUGGACGCGGGUGGGGCAAAGAAGAUUUCUGACGUGAUGAGGCGACACAUCAGGGAUGCGGACGUCUGCCGCACAGCGGCCGUGAGUUUUGCGGCCAUUGUCAACAAGUGCCAGAACAGCCCGCUGGAGAUGUCGCAGUUGCGCAACGCUGGGGCAGCGCCGGUAUUGCUCGAGAUCUUGUCAUACCAUUCCAACGACUUGCAGCUGGACAAGGUGGCAAGACAGACCCUGCCGUUUCUGAAGGGUUGUUCGUCGGCGGGCCUGUUCGAUGGAGAGUCCCUCAUCGUUCCUGUGACAGUGCCUAAGGUGUUCGUUCCUCAGUGUGGCCACGCUCUGCACACGCUAUGCUUCGGCUCGUUUCUGCUGCCUGAUGAUGACAGGGGGGCUCGUGGAGACUGCAGGAGAUGCGGCAUGCCCUACGCUUGGACUGGAAUUGACGUUGGCCCCAUGAUCAACGCUUUCUGCUUGAUGUUUGGCCCCUAUGUGGACGAACGCUCCCAGGACAUGUGUCAAGCCCAGCAGCUAUCUGGCAGCGCGAUCACGAAAAUUUCGGAGGUCUGCGUCAACUUUUCUCUCGAGCUGAGAGGGCUCGUCAGUGCUACAAGUGCCUGGCUCAUGCUCUGCAAACGGUACAACUUCGCACAACCGGAGAUGGUGAACAUCAUCGGCGAGGAAGUGCUGAGGCGGCUCACACUCCCGGAGGAUGCUGAGGAAGGAGAGCUUGAGCUACCGACUUUGGUUCCGGCGUUGCCGAGUGAAGUGGCAGUCGGCCCCCUGGAGCCGCCGGAGUUUGCACUUCCAAUGCCGGCUUCACCCACGGACGAGGAGACCCGGAUGCCUGAAACAGAGAAUCGAUCUGCCAUGAUCUCCCACUUCUGGCCGUUGGCCAUGCUCGAGGGCGCAGAGGAAUGCGGCUUCGGUCGAAAGCAGCAGGCUCAGGAUGCCCCCCGAAAGCUUUCGCAGUCUGAGCAGUUCUGCGUCCAGUGCGCAGCCCGGCGUAGCGUGGCUCUCGGCAGGCUGGGUGCCGUUGGCACUCAAGAAUCUGAUGGGGUUGAACUGAAGCUCCCCAGCAAGACUGAGCCCUUGCAGGUGCAAAUUGCAGACACCAACCGCCGCGCCAUGUGGAGGUUUCUACGGUCGACUGCCACAAUGCUCAUCAUGGUCGCUGGUGUCACGGUCUUCGCUGAGGGCUUGGCGGGCAAUGUUCAGAAGGGCUUCGGCAUGGGCUCCAAAAAGAUCACUCCAGUUGAGGAAGUGAACACGACUUUCGAUGAUGUGAAGGGCUGCGAUGAGGUGAAGGAGGAGCUGCAGGAGAUCAUCCUUUACCUUCGUGACCCGGAUCGCUUCACUCGGCUAGGCGCGAAGCUUCCAAAAGGUGUGAUGAUGUCUGGGUCUCCAGGCACAGGGAAGACUCUGCUGGCUCGGGCCAUUGCCGGUGAGGCUGGUGUCCCCUUCUUGCAGGCAUCAGGCUCGGAAUUUGAAGAAAUGUUCGUCGGUGUGGGGGCUCGCCGCAUUCGUGACCUCUUUCAGGAGGCCCGCAAGCACGCCCCCUGCAUAGUUUUCAUCGACGAGAUUGAUGCAGUUGGUUCCAAGCGAUCGAAUCGUGACAACACUGCAGUCAGGAUGACGCUGAACCAGCUCCUGGUCGAGAUGGACGGUUUCGAGAAUAACAACGGUGUUGUUGUGAUUUGUGCCACAAACUUUCCCGAAUCCCUGGACAAGGCCCUGACACGGCCGGGCCGCUUGGACCGGCAGAUCGUGGUGCCCAUUCCUGACCUGAAGGGACGGAUAGAGAUUUUGGAGAUGUAUGCAGCCAAGCUACUUCUCGAUAAGCACGUCGAUCUGCGGACUUUAGCGCGGCGGACUGCGGGGAUGACAGGUGCCGACCUGGCGAACAUCCUGAAUAUCGCGGCUGUUCGCUCGUCCGCUGACAACCUGCCUUGCAUUCCGACGAAGUACCUUGAAGAAGCCUUCGAUCGAGUUGUCGUAGGCCUCGAGAGGAGGAAUCCCAUGAGUGACCAAGAGAAGACACUCACUGCGUAUCACGAGGGAGGCCACACUUUAGUCUCCAUCGGCAACGCAGGGGCAGAUCCUGUGCACAAGGCGACCAUCAUGCCACGUGGAAAUGCCUUGGGAGUGACGUGGAGCAUCCCCGAGCGUGAGAAGUACUCAGAGCGACUGUUUGAACUUCAGGCACGGCUGGAAGUCCUCAUGGGCGGCAAAGCCGCUGAGGAGCUCAUCUUUGGGCCAGAGAACGUUACGGCUGGGUGCACAUCCGACCUUCGACAGGCUACCGGCCUGGCCCGGCGAAUGGUGAUGAACUUUGGCAUGGCUGGUGGCAAGGAGGCCGGGCUCCUCUCUUUGGACGUGGAUGAGUAUGCUGUGCUCUCCGAUGAGGCCAAACAGGUCAUCGAUAACAAGACUCAAUCGCUUCUGAACGAUGCCUAUCAGAAGGCCUCGGAAUAUCUGAGGACACACCGUGAUGAACUUCACAACUUGGCCAAGGCGCUGAUUGAGUACGAGACUCUCAGCGCCGAGGAGAUUCAGCUGGCGAUCAAGGGCCAAGCGCAGGAAAUCGGCGGGCUUCGAAAGCAAGAGGAGGAUGCCACGAAAAAGGAGAUGGCGAAUCUCACGCCAAAGGAGGGCGCAAAAGUGCCAGUGCGGCAAGAGCCCAAAAAGGCGCCCAAAGCCUUCGAUGCGCAACCUGCUGAGGAGUGA